AUGGAAAGUAAGAUUUGAGGCAUCAUAUAGAUGCCCAUUGCAGAGAUUUGAUACAUCACACAAUAAACACUGGCAAAAUGUUGAGCAAAGUUUGUUAUUUUCUCUGGCUGUUGUUUUUUCCUUCUGUAGCAGGAUAUGCAGGAUAUUUUAGCAACUGACAAAAAAAACAAUGAAUCAGAAAAAGGAGGGAUAAAUACAGAAGAAAAAGAGUGUAAUCAUAAGAAAUCUUUGCUAUUAAAAAAAAUCAUUCAAUCAUUCUACCCUGCAGCUUUACAACUCCUCAGAGAUGAUGGAUCUCUUCAGCCCACCUGCCCUCAUCACAGUAUUCUCUUGUGAUAAACACUGUAAAGACCGUUCAAGGUUGUGUCCAUGACUCGCUAUUGGGACUAUCAGUGACCCUUAACCGUAUGCACACAUGAACACACUGGAACUUCCCUCUCGUUAAUUUCCUAUUAUAUUCUAGACUGGCUUUAAGUUACCUGUUGAAAGGCCUACAUGGCUUUUCACACGCACACCACCUCUUACCAGCUGCUGUUUUCACACCUGCUGGUCUGGGAGAAUAGAAAGAGGACUCAGACAGUAAACAGGUAGACUAUAUAAGGGCAGCACACUGCUGGUAGUUUAGACUGAGGUAGACUGACUGAGAAAACAGAUCUGAUAUACAGUAGUUGAAUCACUUUUUCCUCUUUGCAGGUUUUCUUGAAGAUAAGUCAUCGAUGUGUAAGGGACUCUCCUCCCUGCCUUCCUCAUGCCUGGAGAAGUAAGUUUCUGACUGAAUCGUUUUGCUUUCUUUACAGAUAAUGUUGUUUGAAAAGUUUAGUCCAAGAGUUUUUCUUCAAGUGAUUCUGUAUGUCUUCAUCAGGGCAAAGGGCAUGAGGGUAAAGUUAAGCCACCUGGCUGACACACACCACAAACUAAGGUAAACCUGCUGAAACAAUAUCAAACAAAAGAAAUCAAUCCAACAGUCUGCCAUUUAUCAGAGAGAAGCUGAAAGUGCUCUUUUUCUGUCUCUGUUCACAGGAUUCAUGAUGGAAAAGCUCCACAGGACCUGGAAACUCUACUUAAUAACAAAAGUAAGAAGAAGAAAGCUUUCCCUUCUCUUUUCUUUUGGUUAAAAGGUCAAUUUAUUAUCUUACCAACACAGCUCUUAAAUACAUUUGAACAGGUGACAGCAGAGACACCCCUGGAGGUGCUCACUUAAAUAUCUAAAUCGAGCCAAUUUCAUUAAUUUGUUGACAAAUCCUCAUACUGGUUUACUUUCACACACUGUCACUGCUUACCUGGACACCUGAAUAGAACCUCAUUUAUGCAAAAUUAAAUACCUAUGUUUACUGUAUAUACUGUAUGAAUAAUAUGUAGAUGUAUAUUUAAGUAAUGUAUCGUUAUUUUUUAUGUAAGUGCUUACUUACUAAGUGCUUACUGGUACACUUGAAGGUUUAUAUGAAGAAUGGUGCUUGUGCUUGAAGAGAUUAUUUUUCUGACCAUUGACUAUAGUUUGUAAAAUGGAGCUGUUAUCCAUGUAUUUAUGUUGUUUCCAUGAAUAAUGACAGCUGGUAAUGAAUUAUUAUUCUCAUUCAUAAUUGGCUCUGGUUCGUAAGGAUGGGGCAAAACCGGAUAAGCUCUUUGCUUUAUUCUCUUCCUUCUCAAACUGGUUGUUGACAUACAUAUGUCUACAUUUAUUUAUGGACAUGUACAGUUGUUUGGUGUACAUAUUUAUUAUUCUUCUUUGAUUUUUUUUGUUUAUUUAUAGUGAGACAAUUCUGUCUUUAAAACUACACUGGUGUGCCUUCAAGUUAGACUUCUGAAUAGGUGGAGUAUCAUCCAGCCCCAAAAACACACAGGACUUUUUCAUAUUAGCUCUUUCUGGUUCGUCUCAUCUCUCCACCUCUUGAAUUAUUCUUUCUCAAAGUUGGUCUGCAGGUGUUUCGUGGUUUCCUCCGCUCAGAGUUCAGUGAGGAGAACCUGGAGUUCUGGUUAGCCUGUGAGGACUACAGGGUUUCUCCUUCACACCUGCAGAAGACCAAGGGCGGCAACAUCUACAGCCAGUUCAUCAACCCUGACUCCCCUCAGGAGGUCAGUGGAGAACCAACACAAACAAACAUUAAAUUAGAUUUGGUGAUAGAUGCAGUCAAGAUUUUAAGCUCCUAUUGUCCAUUUUUUUCCUCAGGUAAACCUGGAUGCUGAGACCCGGGAGGCUCUGCUGUGUGUGAUGGACUCCCUGUGUGCCGACACAUUCAACACCGCUCAACAGAGAAUCUUUCAUUUGAUGGCCAAAGACUCGUUCCCCAGGUUCCUGCGCUCCAUUCAACGCACAGACGUCAUCAAAGCUAUCUAA